CACAGUCCAUAUGGUCGAGAAUAUGAGAAAAGUGUAUCGACGGAAAGUGUACCCUGUAUCAAAUAUGCGGGCGGAGUUUGUCUUUAAGGAGUACAUAUUAUGGCAGCUGACUUAAGAUGUCACACGCGAGUGGUAUAUCCUUGUCAAAAGAAAUUCUCCUCUUUCAUUCGCUCGCGGUGAUGUUGCGAUAAAUUAAAACAGCGAUAGAGAACUUCUUUUCUACAUUUUGAGAGUCAAUUUCAGUUGUUAGUUUUUCUUGAUCGUGUCGUGCAACUGCAUUUGAUUUGCCAGAGUUAGCAAUGACUUCGACCUUUGGUGUGACAGAUUUUAGUAUACGAUCGCUGUUACCGGAAGUCACGGAAGAGGACAACGACGGCGACAUUUCAGAUCAAUCCAGUGAUAGCGAUUCACUGGAUGAAUUUUCUGAUUCGGAUCGGGAAUCUUCUGCUGCUGACAAGGAUACCGUUUUACCUGCUGAUGAGGAUGGUGAUAGCAAGGAAAUUGGCAAGCAUAAAAAGAACUCUGCUGAUCAAAAGCCGGGUUUGGAAAAGCCACCGUUUAGCUACAAUGCUCUGAUCAUGAUGGCCAUCCGACAAAGUCCAGAAAAACGUCUAACGUUAAAUGGAAUUUACGAAUAUAUCAUGAAAAAUUUUCCAUUCUACCGUGAAAACAAGCAAGGAUGGCAGAAUUCCAUUCGGCACAACCUGUCCCUUAACAAGUGCUUCGUAAAAGUGCCUCGACAUUACGAUGAUCCCGGUAAAGGAAAUUACUGGAUGCUGGAUCCGUCCAGUAAUGAUGUGUUUAUUGGUGAACAAAGCGGUAAACUGCGCCGACGAACAACAUCUUCGGGCGUUCGGCAUCGCCUGUGCAGCUACCGGCCGAUAUUAGCCGGUAAUCCGUCACAUAUGCACAGCAGCAGUGCCGCUGCAGCCGGUAUCUUUGGUCCACUCGGUCCCUAUCACCAGCAUUAUCCCCCGACCAUGGCCCAUCCGGCCAUGUUCCAGCCAUUACAUCCAUAUUUAUCCAACCACCAUCAUCAUCGGCCUAAUUUAAUGUUUGGCAAUUUGAACAUAAAUAUCUGGCAGAACAGUCUUGCAAACAGUUAUUUGCGGGGAAGCCCAUCGAUAACGGAAUCUUCCCUUAACGAUAUGUCCUUUACUGGCAACUUAGCUCCCGGCGGCGGCGGUAUUGCAGGCGGCAGUCCUGAAGGAUUCUGGAGUGAGAAGUUGCUGGCCCUGAGUAAAGCUGUCAACGGUAGUCUAAUGGCACCGGCAAACACCGGUAACCCCAGUAUAUCGCUACUGCCGGCCCGAUCGGGCCAUAAUCUGUCUCGUUCGCAUUCUCCUGUAUCAAAUGACUAUAAACAUCGUAGCCGCAGCGACGUUGAUCUAAGCUGCUAAGCGGCUGUUAUACUGAUCAGUAAAUUGAUGGUUACUGCACUGAUGACAACACAUUUGUGGCAAUCUAUUUA